AUGAUUUUUUUGGUGAUUUUGUUGAUUUUUGUCGCAACUGCCAAUCCCGAACCCAAUUUCUGCGUAUCCAUUCCCAAUUUUCCGAGAUGUUCCAAAGGUCUCUCGCAAGUUGGUUCCAAUGGAGCUGAAGGAGUCGGGGGCGCAUGUCCAAAUACUCCAACAUGUUCAGAGGGAGAAGAAGUCCAAGUUGUGAAUUCCCAAAGAUCAUUAAGGCUUUUUGUCAUCUUCUUUGGUCUCAUGGACCGCGUUCAGUGCUGUACUGGUGACGGUGGCACUGUUCUCUUCGUGUUGAGAACCUUGCCUGAUGGUGGUACUGCUUUCUCAGUAUCGGUGAGAGCCUUGCUGAUAAUAGUGAUGGUGACGAUGAUGGCUCUGUAUGAAAGCUCUCGAAAGGCAACUUUGGCGGAGUUGAGAGUACCGCUCUUGUUUGGUCUUUUCAUGAUUGCUGUCGGAGAGCUUUAG